AUGCAUUGUGCCAUCAAAACGGAACCAAGCGAUGUAGACGUACCAUCCCCAAUUCAACAGUUUUUGGUCAAACAGGAAUCAACUGAUUCAUUUUCGAUUCCUGAAAAUAGAGUGAAACAAGAACCGAAUGAUGAUACAUUGGAAUCAAAGAUUAGUGAUAGAAUGGCCAAGAAUGAAUCCUUCCAAGAGCCGAUUCAGUCACUGGUGUACAAAACUGCACAACCCGAAGAACACAUCUCAACUAGAAACGUCUGUAUGCAGUAUCAAACUCUGAGUAAUAUGGUUAUGCCGCCAUUCAAUGGAUUUUUCCCUACACAAGUUUCGGAGCAGACAAUCAAGCAAGAAUCCAUCUCGGAACAUUUGCAACUUACAGAGGAUGAAAGAGAUGCUCAGGAAGACAAUGUCAGAAUGGACAUGUAUCGUAACUUCGAAACAAACCCAAACUAUCAAUACUCGCAGCCGCCAAUUAUGAAACUUGGGAUUGAAAAAGUAUUGGUUGAUGAUUCGUAUUCAUUCUCGAUCCCUGAGAAUACAGUGAAACAAGAAGCGAUUGACAAAAGGCUGGAAUCAAAGGUUUGUGAAGAAAUGGUCGAGAAUGAAUCCUUUCGAGAGCCGCUCCGGUCAUUUAUGUCUGACACUGCACGAAAUGAGGAUCACUUCUUACCUGGAAACGCCUAUAUGCAGCUUCAAUCUCAGAAUAAUCUGGCUAAUCCAUCAUUUAAUAAACUUUUUCCAACACAAAUCCCGGAGCUGACAACUAAAAUACAAUCCACUUCUGAAAAGCGGCACGAAAAAAAUAACGAAGAUGACAACGUCGUAGAGGAAUGGGAUGCAUCCACAGAACUAGAUGAAUUGCCAACUUCUGACAAUAUCAAUUCUAAAGAAGCUACAGUAUCUCACAAGGCUUUUACCGGAUCAACUCGAGAACAUUUUUUGCAAUGGUCCAGUGACUGUGACAAUCUUCUCAUGGACGAGUUUUUGAAAUGCAUCAGGGAAACCAAACAGUUCGACUUGAAUCAUAUUGCUGAAGAAUUUCUCAAGAAUCACAAGGUUGACGUUUCUUUGAACACUGUGAAGACGUGCUUCAAACAAGUGUUCCUAAAACGGCUGACAGAUCCCAAUGUGCCCGAAGAAGAGAAAAUUGAAAUGCAGAGAGCAACAAAACGUAUGAACAUGACAAAGAAAUUUGAGGAAGCUGCGUCAAAUAACAAGCCCCCAAGUCGAAGAAUUUCUAACAGAUCAGUUGGCUACGAAUGGAGCAACUCAUGGGAUGAAAAAAUAAUGGACGAAUUCAUGAAACUUGUAAUGAACGGAUCCUCACAAUUAUUCAGUGUGAACAAAUUUUGUGCAAAAUUCAAAGCCGAGCACAACUUGGCGAUACCAGUUUCCAGAUUGAAGAAGAACUUCAACACAUUGUUUGAUGAACGUUUGAAAGAUGUUAAUGUGGAGUUGGAAAUCAAGCUGAAAAUGCUUCUUGAGUAUAAAAUGAAAGUUCCUUUGGAGCUCACUGAACAAUUUGCAUCCCUAGGCAAUAUACUAUAUUCCAACACCGGAUCAAUCACGAGUUAUCUUCCAAGCACUAGCCCUUCCAUGCUACAAGAACUCGGAUUCAUUCCAAUGGAUGUAUCAUCUUCAAGCCAACAUAAAGUUGUGGCGCAUAAUGCCUUCAUGACCAAUGCGACCUCGACAACAUCAAAGACUGCCAAUAGAAGCACAAUUCAGAGAAAUGUUAGCACUUCAGAAAGCUACGAAUGGAACAACUCAUGGGAUACAAAAAUGAUAAACGAAUUUAUGAAACUUGCAACGGACGGAUCCUCAAAAUCAUGUUGUUUGAAAAAAUUCUGUGAGAAAUUCAAAACCGAGCACAACCUGGCGAUAACAAUUUCGAGAUUGGUUAGAAAGUUCAAACAUAUAUUCGAUGAACGCUUGCGAGAUGCUACUGUGGAGUUGGAGAGCAAGCUGAAAAUGCUUCUCAAGUAUAAAAUUAAAGUGCCUUUGGAACUUACUGAAAAAUUUGCAUCCCUAGAAAAAAAAUAUAGGAACUCUAAAAAAUAUGAAUUUUUCAGUCAAGAGCUCGGGUUCAUUCCAAUGGAUGUAUCAUCUUCAAGCCAACAUACAGUUGUGCCGCAUAAUGACUUUAUGACUAAUUCGACCUCGACAACGUCAGAGACUGUUCAACAAAAAUCAUUCGAAUACAGCAAAACUCAAUCUUCGACUGGUCCUGUUCGACGCGAGGAACAUAGACACACUUAA